UCCGCCCCGCCCCGCCCACGUGCGGUGGCCCCUAGCCGCUGCUGCCGCCGGAGACCAGCGCUUGGGGGUGGGGGUGGGGAAGCAGGGGGGGGGUGACGGUGGCCCGUAAGGCUCCUUCCCGACGAGGCGGCGAUGUCCGCGAGCCGCGAGCGCGCCGCGGCGGCAGCGGCAGCGGCAGCGGCAGCGGCGGCGGGGCCUCAUGCGCAGCACGGCAGCCUGGGCUUCGGCCUCCCUCCGGCUCCCGUAGAGCGGGCCGGUGGCAAGAGCAGUAGCCGCCGAGGCCGUGGGGACUCUGGCUUGUCUUCUUCCUUUUCUCCCUCCUUCCCCUUGGCCGUCGGGUACUGAGCCGGGGGAGGGGAGGCGGCCUGGGUGGCCGGGGCGGGGGCUGCUGCUUUGAGGAUGGGAAUCCUCUUCACCAGGAUAUGGAGACUGUUCAAUCACCAGGAGCACAAAGUUAUCAUUGUUGGUCUGGAUAAUGCAGGGAAAACCACCAUUCUUUACCAAUUUUCUAUGAAUGAAGUUGUACAUACAUCCCCUACUAUAGGAAGUAAUGUUGAAGAAAUAGUAGUUAAUAAUACACGUUUCCUAAUGUGGGAUAUUGGCGGCCAAGAAUCUCUUCGUUCUUCAUGGAACACUUACUAUACUAACACUGAGUUUGUCAUAGUUGUUGUGGACAGUACAGACCGAGAGAGGAUUUCUGUAACUAGAGAAGAACUCUAUAAAAUGUUAGCACAUGAAGAUCUAAGAAAAGCUGGAUUGCUGAUUUUUGCUAACAAACAAGAUGUUAAAGAAUGCAUGACUGUAGCUGAAAUUUCCCAGUUUUUGAAGCUCACUUCAAUUAAAGAUCACCAGUGGCACAUCCAGGCGUGCUGUGCUCUCACUGGUGAGGGAUUGUGCCAAGGACUUGAAUGGAUGAUGUCACGACUUAAGAUUAGAUGAUCUCUACUGACCUCUAUUUGUAGACUUUGCAUAAAUGAAGUGCUGGACUAUAAUUAACCUGAAAGCUGCAAAAAUUAAUGGGUUAGAUAUAUUUAUAAUAAACUGACAAAUUUUUUCUAUAAGAAACAAAUUAAGACCACUUCUUUGAAAAGAAAGAUGGAGUCCCACGUUCCAGUUUGCUUUCACAUUAGUUUCUUCUGAAGUUAGGUCUUAAAGCUGUGAUUGACAUUUCUGUCAUGAUGAAUCCUCUCAGGACAUUGUGUAAUCUGUGGUAAGUAUAAAGGGAGAGGAAGACAUUUUUAACUACAAGAGCUUUAUUAUCAGUAUAAACCUCCCUAAGUUGAAUGUUGUCUUUUUGUUUAAGUCAAAAAAUAUCAGCGGCAUAAGUAUUCAAUUUCCACUAUUUUUAAAUGUAUUGUUAAUAUGAGAAAGAUGUUUUGCAUCAAUUUGUAUAUGUAUUGUGUAUAUACCUCAAAUUUAGGUUAAUGGCUUUGAUUUCUAUACUAAAGAAAGAUGAAUAAUAUACCUAACCUAAGUGAAUAACAUACUUACUUAUACCUAGAAUGAAACCAGUACACAGAUGUUAAAUGCCAUUUAUAUUUUGUCCUUUAUGUUCUCUGUAUUGUAUUAACAUACCCUGAAAAAUUUUGCACUGCUUCUUUAAAAAAAAAGAAAAGCUGAAAGUUUCUAAAUUUUGAGAAUGGGGGGAGGGAUCAAACUCACGCGCACGCGCGCACACACACACACACACACACACAAGAUAUGGUACACUGGAGUGGAAUUCUUAUGCAGUAGUUGAUUUAGUAUUAUGAACUGCCACUAAUUUAUUUCCAGAAUGUUCUUUUUUUAAAAGGACUAAUACUGUCUAUUUAAAUAAUCUUGUAUUUGAAAUUAUGAGAAUACAAUUUAAGAAGUAAAUUUCCAGAGUCAAUUAUGAGAAAAAAACAACAUCUAUAUGUGUCUGUCAACUGGUGUAACCCUUCAAAGAUUCUGAAGUAUUGGUUUUAGUUAGAAUCAUUGUAUAUACAUUGAAUUAUAAGUGUUGAUGAAUUUGAAUCUUCAUGAAAAAUGCAUACUGUUCUGGUUCACUGAAAUGUGAAGGUUUUGUCAUUGGUUCAUAAUAGUCUGCUAUGGAAGGCAAGAAUUAACUUUUUGAGUUGUAAAACAGAGUAUUUUGAGAACAUUUAAAAUUAUAGCUAAAUGACUUCUUCCCAUUUAUAUAUUGCUUAAUCACUACGGAACUAGAAAAAGCAAACAUUUCUAAAUGUUUAUUAUUAUUUCCAAAUGAUUCUGCAUGGUAAGUGACUUAAAGUAAUCUAUAUUAAACUAUUGAUAUUUAUAGUACUGUUACUCAUAGUGCUAUAAAUGUUGCAAUACCUUUAAAAUUUUGUUAAAAUCAAAAUAUAAGCCUCUGAUAUAACCACGAACAGCCAUACUAUCCAUACUAUUACCAUUAAAAAAUUCUUGUGUAUUAUAUUGGCUUAACUUUAAAAAUCCCAACUAUUUCAAAAUAGUAUAAUUUUAAAGUAUACAAGAAAUAACAGUAAAACUUAAUGUGAGCCUUUUCAAAAUUAAUAAAUUUAUAGGGAGAAAUAGAUGCAUAUGUCAUAAAUAAUAAUAUAGUUUUAAAGAUCAUUACUACCAAAAUAUGCAUUAAAAAAUAAAAUUUUAACUAAGUCAAAAGCAUGUGGUUUGGAUAGAUUGCUUCGGUGCUCAACAUAUUAAGGGCCUUGUGUUUUAUGUUUUUAUAGCCAUUAUACAUUUUCAAGCUUAAAAUGAAAGCAUGAAAAUUCUAAUUAUGUAAAGGUCAGUAUACUUUUGCAAAAUGAAUGAUCAAACUAGAUCCUUAUUGAUUCAAUAUUUUCAGACAUUUUCCCCAAACAUUUGUUAGGUAAAAGAAGUUCUAGUAAAAUGUAGAGGAUAUUUUAGACCUAUUCCCCACCACCACCACUACCAAAAAUUGUAGCUAUAGUUACAAGCUGAGACUUUCUUAAAGUGGGGGGCAUAUUAAGCAUCUCUUCAGUUUUUACUUUGACAUAGGUCCCUUUAAUGGCUGCCUCCAAGUCAUGUUUAUGCCAGUGUGCUCUCUUUAUAAUGUUUUAUUUUCCAAAUUUAUUGUAUAUUGUUAAAUACACAAUUUAAAUAAAAGUAUAUUUUAAAUAUACCUGGUCUUACCAAGUUGGAAAGGCUUUGUGUUUCGGUCAGUGAUGAAAUAUAUUUUUAUUGUCUGAAGACCAGUCUAGCUAAAUUUGGAAAGACUUUUUCUGCCACAGAAACUCUAGAAGAAAAAUUAUAAUCUACAUCAGUGGAAAGAAUUCAUGUUGAUAAAAUCAUGGAUCUUAAAAUGAAGUAAAUCUGAAAUUAGAUUUUAAAACCAUGAAUUAGUUAAAGCUGUAGUUCUAAUAGUUUCCACAGUUUGCUGUUGGAAUGACAUGAGAUUGCAUAAGAUGCUGUGAUGUACUUAUUUGUACACAAUUUCAGGUUCUUAUGAGGGAAAAUUUUUCAAGUUUAUAGAUGAAGACCUAAAGCUUAUCUUGAUAAUUCUUGUGUUUGAAGCAAUUCAUUUAAUUCUCUAUAAAAAUGAACAUUCACAAAUAUUCGUUUUUAUCCGUAAUUCUUUUUUUACCAUAGGUAGGUUAAAGUAAAGGCCAGUGUCCUUUUUUUUCCUUUCUUUUUUCAGGUGCAACUUUUCAUGAAAAAAAAAAAUCUUAAUUUAGAAGACUUUUGUCUUUGAAGGGAGCAUUGCAUUUGCACCUCAGUAAUGGUAGUUCACAUAUUAAGUGACAUAUAACAGAUGUUAGUUUUCAAAGUGACAAAUUAUUCUUAUAUCUCUAAAAAACACAGCUAUACUUUUUAGAAUGAAAAUUCGACCAACUUUCAUCAUAAUAUAAUUUAUUUAAACCCUUACUUUCUGUCUUAGUAACAAUUCUAAGGCACAAGGACAAAGGCUAGGCAAAUAAGGUUAAGUGACUUGCCCAUGGUCAUACAGCUAGGAAAUGUCUGAGGCCAAAUUUGAACCUAGGUCCUUGUGACUCCAGGCCUUGUACCAUCUAGCUACCCCCAUGAUAUAAUUUUUUAUAAAGUGGGAAAUUAAUUCCCAAUAUGUUGUCUGAGGGCUUGUGGAUAAGAAACUUAGGCCUUGGCUUCAUACCACCAUCAUCCCAAUCCAAUGCAAUGUGGAUAAACCUAAGCUUGUAAUUGUUUUAUUCUUCCCAUGAAGAUUUAUGAAUUUCAUGGGGCAAGGAAUUCAGGGGCAUAGGGGUACUUAGAUUAUAAGUUAGUUUAAGAAAAGUUUACUUGUCUGCUCCACUACCCAGUACUCUAUUGAUGGUAAAGUCUGGCUGUGAUCAAUGCAUGUAAUGUAGCAGUGAAAUAUGUCAUGAAUGCAAAGGAGGCUUUAUACUCCUUGGCCCUUCAGAGGUGCUUAGUAAAUAGCUAUGGACUUGUGUAGCAGAAAGAACACCUGACUAGAAUUAGAAGACCUCUCUUAAAGUUCUUGUUUUGCUUUAGCUGGCUUCAAUAAGACACCUGGCCUCCUUGAAUUUCAGUUUCCUCAUGUCAAAUGAGAUUGAUCUCCUAAGGACUUCCCAUCCUAUGCUGUGCCCUGAUUGUUUUGAGAGAGAACCACAGUUUAGCUGAGUCAACUUUCUUUCUUCAAUGUUUACAAUAUUAAAAUAUCUAAAAAUAGAAAUCCUCUCUGUUCCUCUAACCACACAUGACUAUGAGAACUAUGCCCUAUUGUAGAUUAUAGUUCACAGACCAGUAACUUUAAAUUAUUGGAGGACACAGUUAAAAUUUCAAUAGAUUUUUCUGGCAUAUGAAAUUUUAGACAUUUCCUAUCCCUAAUCACAAAACAGAAAAAUAAAAGCAGUCUCAAAAUUAGUGGCAAGAAAUGGCCAAUCUCUUCCAACUCAGCACUUUUUCGAUUAGAUAAGAAUAAGAUUUGUGUAUAUUACUUUUUCCGUGGCUCUAUAAUGAAAGUAGUGUUUUGUAUGAAGUGAUAGAUACCUGUUAUGGCAACUUGGGGGCAGGCGUAGAGUUGGUAAUAAUAAUUUCUAAGGAUCUUCAUGUGUAGGUUAAAAGUUUUUUAGUCCAAAGAUGAUGUUUAAACUAAACUAAAAGGUUUUUUCAUGCUUAAUUAAGAAAAACUCAGAAAAAUAUUAGAGGCAGUAAAGCAUCUUAGAUGAAAAUAAUCUAUGUAGCAUUCCUAGUCUUUAUUAAAUAAACAUAAUGUAAAUGGGUCCAAUUAUAUAUUUAAAGGAAAUUCUGAACUACAGCUUUCCAUGCUAUUUAUUUUUACAUAAUAUGAACAAGAAUUUCUAAAAUUUCAUUCAUGCAAAAAACCCACCCAAAUAGUUUUAAAUGUCUUUCACUAUAACUUCUUCAAAGCAUUAAUGGUAGGGAAAAACAAAAACCACAUUUUAAAACUUAAGAUGUUAUUAACUAAAAAGUACUAUUUCUAGUCAAUGUUAAUAGGUAGAAUUGUGGGAAACUGAGCCAAAUAAGAUGGGAUUUAAAGGCAGUACAACAUAUAGAGAACUGACCUUAGUGAUUGGAUUGGAGCCCUGAGGAGUUAAUAGCUUUCUUAUUAUUGCCCAGGGUCACAAAGUUAGUAUGUGUCAGGUCUUCUGGAUUUCAAAACUAUAAGUUGCAGAACAGUGUCUGAUCUGCAUUAGUAUGAAGAAUUUCCAUUACCAGAAAUUUCCUUAAAGCAAUUAAAUCACAAAUUUAGACCAAAAAACUCCAAGCAAACUUGAGAUAAGUUAAACAAUACACAUUGUCAUAGAUUAAGCCUUAUAACAUAAUACUGAAAACUUACUUCUUGGUGUUUUGGCAUGCUUGAUGUAUUAUUUUUGGUAGAAAGUGCUCACAGUGUUCAAGAAGUACCUAAAUUAAUUUCCAACAACUAUUAGGUCCAUCUGAUUAAUGUUUGGCUUGUCUGUUUGGCUUAUCAGCAUAGCUCCUAGGGUUUUUAAGUAAUUAUCUUCUUUAUUAAUAAAGAGAACAACAAAAACUUGAAAUGUCCAACAGAGCCCACAACAUAACUUGCUACAAUUCAGCACAUACUAAACUGAUAAUUGUCCUAAUGGAACUUGACCAUACUAACUUAAUUCUGUUCUUAUUUUAUAAAUAGCUUUAAAUUUAUAGACAGUUACAACUGUAGCAGGUUUCCCAAUAUAUGAAAUUUUUUGAAAGAUAUUUGAGGAAGAAAACUAUUCUUAUUAUUUAUUAAUCUUCAUUGAACAUCAUGCUUCUUCUGACCCAUUUAAUUUUCUUAGUGCCAAUACCUUCCUUCCAUUUCUUUAAAGAUUCAUUUGGAAUUUAGGUUCUUUGAUAUAUUGGUCUCAUUUGACAUGUCAUUUGAACAAAUGCUCCAUUUUUCUAUUGUCCUUAAUGAAUUACUGUAAACUGUAGGUGAAGGAACUUUGCCAUAUUUUUAUCGGUUUAUAUUUCAGGUUCUCUGAAUUAGAAAGCAGUUUGCUGUAAUCCCUGUUUACCGUAUUUAAAUUCAUGUUUUCUCUUAGUUUACCUUUUUCUCUCCCAAAACUCCAUGGUGUUUUUUUGUUUGUUUCAUUAAAGUAAUAGCAUUUCUUAUAUAAGCUACUAAAUGAGGUCAUAAUAUAAAUAGUAAAAAAGUAAUUAAUAUUUCAUUUAUUAAGCACUUGAUAGAUUUUUAAUUAAUAAAGAUGUGAUUUUAUGAUUCCACCCCACUCUCCCUUCCCUCUCCCCUUCUGGAGCUGAGAAGCAAUUCUACUGGAUUAUACAUGUAUCAUUGUUCAAAACCUAUUUCCAUGUGAUUCAUAUUUGCAAUAGAGUGAUCUUUUAACAUCAAAACCCUAAUCAUAUCCUCAUUGAACCAUGUGAUCAAUCACAUUUUUCUUCUGCAUUUCUGCUUCCACAGUUCUUUCUCAUAAAUUCCUCAGAAUUGUUCAGGGACAUUACACCGCCACUAAUGGAGAAGUCCAUUACAUUCGAUUGUACCAUAGUGUAUCAGUCUCUGUGUACAAUGUUCUCCUGGUUCUGCUCCUCUCACUCUGCAUCAAUUCUUGGACGUCAUUCCAGUUCACAUAGAAAUCCUCCAGUUACUUGAUGGUUUUUUUAAAAGUACUUUUACAAAACCAUAUGAGGCUGGUAAUGCAAGUAUUAUUAUUCCAUUUUUGCAAGAUUUGCUAUUGAUCAACAGUUGUGUCAGGAGCAGUAUUUGUAUCCAGGUAUCCAGCACUAAUCCCAUUUUCCUGCCUCCUUUACUGCUCCUGUCAUUCCCAUAGACACAGGGACCUCACACUACAUGGUAGUAGCUACAUCAUACCUUUUAAGGGUAUGUACUAAACCUACCUUAAAGGCGUUUUUGGUCACUAAGCAUGACUGACAUUUUGUGCUUGUAAUAUUUUAUUGUUGAUUAAUUUAAAGGAAUGCAUUCUUCUGGUUCAUUCAUUUUACCUAAUCUAUACUUUACUGUUGUUUAUAACAUUCUUCUGUCACAGACCUAAGUAUUUAAUAAUAUAACAAAUUUUAAUACCUGGGAGUGUUAUAAUGGGAUUUAACCUGUAUUAUAAAGACUUUUUUUUUGUAUACAGUAUUUUUCUGUACACAUAUAAUAGUAUAACACAUAUAGAAUUCCUAUUAGUGAAAGCUUCUCUUGACAAGUUAUGUUCAGGAUUUGGAGAAUUUGGGUGCCUGCAUUUCAGUAAACUUGACUUUAUGCUGAUAUAUUCUGGAGAGAGGAUUCUACCACCCAGAAUUACUCCUUUCUUCCAUGUAACUAUGUAGCACUGUAGAAAAUUCUAAAGUCUUCAGCAGCUAUUUGGGGAGUUGGAGGAAAUGGAAGAGAACAUUUCUAUGACAUUGAACACCUAGAUUUAGUGGUGCUUAGGCAGUUGUACCACUUCUUUAUACCUGGAAAUUACCAUAAUUUUGCCCAUAAAAAUGGCUGAAACUGUUAUUUUACAGAGCCGGGAGCUUGCUUGUUGAGAUUAGUAAAUGAGAAUGCUUCACAAGUAAUUAACAGUAAACUUUAGAAAUGUUCAGGUGUACAUAUGCAGAGAUGACUAAUCAGAUUUGACUAAUGCAUUUGUAUGUUUGCACAGCUGUGAAACAAGUUAUUUUUUAACAUUUAUAGGGAAGAUAUUGAUAAUAAUUUUCUUUGCCUUAUGUUGUAAAAAAGAAGACUAAGUAAAACUGUUACCAUAUCUACUGUUUCACAUUACAUCUUCUGUUGUAAGAAGGUUAAUUAUAAUGGCUCCAUUUCCACUGCU